AUGAAUCCUAUACAAUUGAAUGAUAGUUGGAAUAUUUCAGUUCAAAAUUCAUUAACACAUUUGAAUAUGCCACAAAAAAAUAAUCCAUUACAAUUUAUUGGUGAUUCAAGAUUUCAUAUGAUUAUAACACGAGCUAUGAAACAAACUCGUGUAGCACCAUUAUCACCUACACAAAGAAUACGUUCUAGAUGUAGUUCAUGGUCAACUGCUUCAAUUGUUAGUAGUAUUGAUUUACAAUCACCUGAACCAACAUUACAUAAUGAAUUUAGUCAAAAAUUAGAAGUAAUAAAUAAAGCAUCAAGAAAUCGAAAAGUAUUAAUUAUUAUAAUUAUUUUUCUUGCAUGUUUAAUUUUGAUUAUUAUUAUUCUUAGUAUUGUAUUACCAUUAACAUUAAUUAAAAAAAACAAUUUAAUUCACAAUUUUUUUAACAUCACUUUUUCUGCACUUCUAUAUGAUCAAACGUUAACAUGGCAUUCAUUUGAUCAUAUACUUGAUCGAGCAUUUUUAGCUAUAAGACAUACAAGUGAUGCUAUUGGAUAUUUAUAUAACAAAUUAGGAGUAAAACAUGGUCAAAUUUUAUUUCGACGUUCAAUGCGAUGUCUUCAAUUAUCAGAUGGAUUAAGCGAAUUUGAAAUAGAAGAUAUUCUUUCAUUAGAUGAUGAAGUUUUACAAUCAAUUUUUGUUCAUUAUUUACCACCAUUUAAAUUAUUUCGAAUACCAUCUACUUUAUGGAUUCGUGUUAGAAAUGGUAAACAUUUACUUGAAAACGAUAUUGACAAUAUUCCAUGUAUUUAUUCAUAA